UUCUCUUCGGUUUAUAUGCGUCUUUUCUUUCCUCUUUCUGGGAUUUGAACUAUCCCAUUUCCACUCCCACCCUCGUCCCCCUUACUAGUUAGUUAGCACCUGUCGGGAAAUACCUUCUGUCUAAGUAACGCAGCCGCUUGCUGGCCUCCGAGCGCCGCGUUAGCAACCGCCAAAAUGCCGAGCCUCGAUGUCAGCGAACUCAACAUCGUGUUGAGCGUCCUGGGCGCCUUCAUCCUCCUCUAUGGCAUCAUCUCGGUCCUGAUCAAGGCCCGGUGGUUGUUGGGCGAAGCUCUCCCUGCCGUCGCCGUCGGUGUCGUCCUCGGGCCCAUUGCCGCCAAGUUUAUCGACAGCUCGCGAUGGGCAUCAGCCGCCGACGGCCAAACAGCCAACAUCACGCUCGGCGUGGCCAGGGUGGUGAUCGGCGUGCAGCUGGUCAUCGCGGGCUUCCAGCUCCCAGCCAAGUACCAGCAGCUGCGGUGGAAGGAGAUGGCGCUCUGCCUGCUGCCCAUCAUGACCAUCAUGUGGCUAUGCACCACGCUCUGCCUGCUCGCCACCGUCCCCAAGGUCACCCUCCUCGCCGCGUUGGUCAUCGGCUCUUGCGUGACCUGCACCGACCCGAUCCUCUCGCAGGCCAUCGCCAAAGGCCCUUUCGCUGACAAGUUCGUCGGCCGCCACCUGCGCGAGAUCAUCUCGUCCGAGGCCGGCGCGAACGAUGGUUUUGGCUUCCCUUUCCUCAUGCUCGCGGUUUACCUGAUUCGCCAUGCCGAUAUUCCGGGCGCGGGAGCCCACGGUGGGGAGGCGGCCGAGCUUCAGGAGCGUGGACUCCAGCUGUUGGCCCGUUCGGGAGAAGUUGGCCGGCUCGGCGGCGGCGUCGGAGUCGCGAUGCAGAACUGGUUCGUCGAGACGUGGCUGUACAUCGUCCUGAUGUCGGUGGCCAUUGGCGCGCUAGUUGGCGGUGUCAGUUUGUUCGCCUUGAAGUUUGCGCUUCGCAAGAAGUGGGUUGACUCGGAAAGCUACCUUCUGUACCCUACCGCCAUCGGCCUCUGGCUUGUUGGCGUUUGUGGCAUGCUCGGGACCGACGAUCUGCUCGCUUGUUUUGUGGCUGGCAACGUCAUGAACUGGGAUGGCGAAUACCUCCGCGAGACGGAAGACCGCCACGACGAGGUCAACUCGUGCAUGGACGUUCUCCUCAACUUUGGCGGGUUCAUGUACAUCGGUACCAUCAUCCCGUGGAGCGAGUUCCACCAGCCCGACACGACCGGUCUCACCUACGGGCGGCUUAUCGGCCUCGGCGUCCUCAUCUUGUUGUUCCGCCGCAUCCCGGCCAUCUUGAUGAGUUACAAGUUCAUGCCCGCGGUCUGCAAGGACUACAAGGAGGCCCUGUUCAUGGGUUAUUUUGGCCCGAUCGGCAUCGGCGCCGUGUUUUACGUGGAGCACGCGCGCCAUCUCUUCCCGGAGCUGGGCGAAGGCGACGCCGAGGAGACGGACCUGGUCCGGGUCAUGGUGCCAGUGGUGUACUGGCUGGUGCUCUUCUCCAUCGUCGUACACGGCCUCUCGAUCCCGGCGCUCAGUACGAUCUACCGCUUCUGCGGCGUCAAGCCGAUCCAGGAGGACGCCGUCGAACUCCGGCGCAUGUCCAUGCGUGUGGCCACGCCCGUCAACGCCGCCGUGGCCGACAGGGACACCUUCAUCGCCUACAAUCGCUUCUCGCGGCCUGUCUUCAACCAGUCGGACCUGCCUCCCGUCAAUGGAGUCGGCGAUGGGGAUGAUGAUUCUAUCGCAGACGAGAAGAUACGCGUCCACAGGCGCUAUUCUCGCAGGGUUCAGGUUGUUUGACGGAGCGGUUGUCUUUGUGGUUUGUAUGCGUCGGCUCCGCCCCGUCCAUCAUUUAUCCCUUUGUUCGCUCUGCAUUAUUUUCCGUGGGGGUUGGUUGCUUGUCAUCUUCACGAGCGCGAUGCCGGAUU